AACACUUAACUCACAUCUCUAGCAAUGGAAGCUCAAAUCUUAUUUUCUCUAGUGGUCAUGAAUUUGAUGACAUUUCCUUCCUUAGGGCAGGGAGCACUUAAGACAGGUUUCUAGUCUUCUUCAUGUCCAAAUGCAGAGUCCAUCGUACGAUCAACAGUAGAAGCCCAUUUCAACAAAGACCCACUGGCUGCUGCCUUGCUUAGGCUCCAUUUUCAUGAUUGUUUUGUUCAAGGCUGCGAUGGCUCGGUUUUGAUAGACACAGCUUCGGCUGAAAGAAAAGCACUGUCUAAUCUCGGACUAAGAGGGUUCCAAGUGAUUGAUGAUGCGAAAUCGCAGCUUGAGGCGACGUGCGUUGGUGUCGUCUCGUGUGCUGACAUACUGGCGCUGGCUGCUCGGGAUGCUGUCGAUUUGAGCGGCGGGCCAAGUUGGGGAGUGCCUAUCGGCAGAAGAGAUGGUCGGAUUUCUUCGUCUUCUGAAGCCUCCACCUUACCUAGCCCUUUGGACUCCGUUGCCAUCCAGAGGCAGAAAUUUGCUGCUAAAGGCCUUAAUGACCAUGAUCUUGUCACCCUAGUUGGAGCACAUACCAUAGGCCAGACAGACUGUCUUUUCUUUCGAUAUCGUCUCUACAACUUCACUGCAACUGGAAAUGCGGAUCCAAGCAUAAACCAAGCAUUUCUAUCCCAGUUACAAUCCCUCUGUCCUAAAGAUCGUGACGGUUCAAAAAGGGUUGAUCUCGACAAAGACAGCCCGUUGAAGUUCGACGUAAGCUUCUUCAAGAAUGUGAGGGAUGGAAAUGGCAUUCUUGAGUCGGACCAGAGGCUUUGGGGCGACUCCUCCACAAGUCGGAUUGUUGAUAAAUAUGCCGGAAAUGUAAGAGGCUUGCUUGGGUUUCGGUUUGAUUUUGAGUUUCGGAAAGCUAUGAUCAAAAUGAGUAGCAUUGAGGUGAAGACUGGUGCGCAAGGCGAGAUCAGAAAGAUAUGCUCCAAGUUCAAUUGACGUCAAAGUAUUGUGUCUAUAUAUGCCUCUCUACCCAUCAAUGCCAUUGACAAGGAUGAUGUGCACUGUAAUGUAUAUUUAUAUCCCGGAAGGCAAAAUUGCAAAUUUAGUUCCGAGGGUGACAAGAUUAGCCCUGAAAUUAUGGAACUGAUGAUUUUAAUUUUUUAAAUUUGUAGCAAUUUUUGUCCUUUUGGUCAGAAAUUAACAAAUCAAUUAGGGGUUUAGGGUUUUGGCAUACUGUCAGCAUCCUACAUGAUGUAGAUGUGGCAAACAAAGAAGAAACACGAGAAGUCAAUUGAUGGGAGGCCAUAUCGUGGAUGGUGCCGUUGAUGGAAACUGAAUAGAGUGGAGGUGAAAAAUGAGUGGUGGUCUGCAAGCGAGAUACUUGCUAGCGGUGGGGAUAUGAUGGAAAAAUAGUGGUAGAGAGCGACAAAAAAAUGACGGAAAUGAAAACAAAGAGAAUUAGCUAGAUAGUGGACGAAAAUGGAUAGGCCUGGUUGCAAUCGACUCGCUGGAGGAUGGGGAGUCUAUUGGUGGUGGUGGUCUCGAGCAGUGGGUAGGUCGGAUGUCUGCGAAUUGAGAGAGAGGAAAUAGAUCUAGAUUUUAAGGCAAAACUGCGUUUGAAUUCUGAUUGGAGUACAUGUUGUAGGACUGGAAGGAUAACGAGUUCGGUGAUGGUGCACAUUGUUGGAGACUCAUCGGAGAAAAUUUUCGGCAACUAGUAGUGAGGAGGUGGUGGUUAACUGUUAUUUACCACGCCAGCAUCUAUUUAGUACGCUGACUCUGUAAUUAAUGUCCUUUUGGAUGCCGAAACUCUAAACCUCAAUUUAGGUUGUUAA